AUGGAGACAGACGGCACGCGUCUUAAACCUUUCCUCAAGGAGACGCUUUUAAGGAAAGAAAAAGUUCCUGCAGGGAAAGUAACUGGAAUGCGCAUCUCUGGCAUGGAUAUACGUGGAAUGGGGUCGCCUCUGCCUGCUCUAAUGCUGGGGGUCCUCUUGCCCUUCGUCAGCCACUCCUACGCCCAGGUCUUUCCUCCUGGUGUCCGACGUUACCUCGUCCAUACGACCAGUGCUACAAAGAAUGAACAAAAAUACAUUGAAGUCAGACAAGACUGUCCCCCAGUACCUGCCUGCGACCUACCGUGUGUGCUGACUCUGGGUGCUGACAACUGCCUUUCCUGUGAAUGUCAGGCUAUUGAGUGUCAGGCCGGCUGCUAUCAGUCCCUCGGCCCUAAAGGCUGUAUUGAGUGUGACUGCAGUGAAAUACCCUCAUCCUGCCCUCCGGUUCCUGCUUGCUUGCCUUUUUGUUGGCUAAAGAGAACAGCCGAAAACUGCUUCGAGUGUCACUGUGGUCUGACCCGUCCUUCAAACUGUCCUGUUGAACGUCAAUGCGAAGCACCUUGUGUCUUGGCCUCCCUCCCAGGUAACCGUGAGGCAUGUUUCUGCCCUUAUCCCUUAGAGAAAGCGUGUCCCGAAGUCGAAGAGUGCAAUCCUCCGUGUACCACUUCCCUGGGGCCAGAUGCAUGUCCGGAGUGCCAUUGUCCACAAAUUUGUCCACGUACGGAUUGCAGGCCCCCGUGCAGGGCUUUUGUCGAGUCAGAUGGUUGCCUAGGUUGUGACUGCGAUAUUUGUGAACCUGUAGAACAUUGUCCUAUAAUUUGCCUUAUUAAGAAAAACAGUCAUGAAUGCGAUUACUGUGAAUGUCCCACUUGCCAACCAGUUGGUGAAUGUCAUCCACCCUGUUGCCUCAAGUAUGACUUCCUUGGAUGUGAGGUGUGCGACUGUCCACAUUGCCCGCCCGCCACAAACUGCUCUGCCGAAUGCACUGUGAGGAAGGACAGUAAUGGCUGUGAUAACUGCGACUGUUCAGCAUGCAAGCCUCUGACAUAUUGUCCUGAUGAUUGUCCAAAGAUAAAAGACGAAAACAAUUGUGAUGUUUGUGACUGCCCUGUGUGUAAGCCAGUGGCAGAAUGCCCCGUUAGCUGUUUUGUAGAAAAAGACGAGAUUGGAUGUGACAUCUGCAAAUGCCCUGCAUGCGAACCAGUGCAUUGUGAUACUCAUUGCACAGUUACAAAGGGCGUCACGGGGUGUGACGAAUGUACUUGCUCUUCCUGCCAGCCUGUCACUGAGUGCCCCAGCAACUGUUCUCUCAUAAAAAACGACAGUGGUUGUAAAGUAUGCCACUGUGUAAUUUGUCAGCCGUUAUCACAUUGCCCUGAAAACUGUGAAAUAAGAAAGAAUAGUAAUGGCUGCGAUAUGUGCUUCUGUCCCGACUGCCAGCCCCUUCAGUUCUGCCCAGAUGAAUGUCCAAGGAAACUAAAUGAACAUGGAUGUGACGUCUGUGACUGUCCUGCUUGUGAACCUGUUUUUAACUGUCCAGAUCAAUGUGGAAUAGCCCAGAACAGCAAAGGCUGUGAAGUAUGCUACUGCCCCCUCUGUCAGCCGUUGCUUGACUGCCCUAAUGAAUGCCCAACGAAGAGAGACGAAAAUGGGUGCGGCAUUUGUGAUUGCCCAGUGUGUGAACCCGUGCCCAGUUGCUCACCUUCAUGCCAAAUGAAAAGAGACAGCAAGGGCUGUGAUAUUUGUUUCUGCCCCAUAUGCCAGCCACUGACAGACUGUCCUGAUAACUGCAAUGUGGUCACGGAUACUGAAGGCUGCCAGAAAUGCAAAUGCCCGUUAUGCCAGCCAAUACAAGACUGCCCAAGCAAUUGCUCAGUGACAGAAGAUGAAACAAGCUGCGAUGUAUGUGACUGCUCACAGUGCCAUCGGGAAAUUCAGUGCCCAGAAAAGUGUCACGUCGUCGAAAGUACCACAGGCUGUAUGUCCUGCAAUUGCAAAGAGUGCCAGCCAGUAGAGGCGUGCCUCCCACACUGCCGAAGAGAGACAAAUGAAUCUGGAUGCGAAGUGUGUAACUGUGGCCUGUCGUAA